AUGUCGGUCGCUGAAAAGGCCCGCUUCUACUUGGAGCGUUCCGUUCCUCAAUUGCGCGAGUGGGAGGAAAAGGAAAUCUUCACAAAGGAUGAGAUCCGUACAAUCGUGCAGAAGCGCAGCGACUAUGAGCACCGCAUCCUCGCCCCCCGCUCCAACCCCGAUGACUUCAUCGCCUACGCAAAAUGGGAGCAGUCCCUCGAGUCCCUCCGCCAGAAACGCUGCAAGCGGAUGAAAAUUGGCCACGUCACGUCCCAGCACACCACCCAGUCGCGCGUCCUCGCCAUCUUCGACCGCGCCGUCAGCAGACACCCCGGUAGAAAGGACCUGUGGCUCGAGUACCUCAAAUACACCGCCGACGUCAAGGCCACCAAGCGCUGGCGCCGGACCAUGGCCAGCGCCCUCCGCAUGAUGCCUACCGACGCCGACCUGUGGAUCUUUGCAGGCCGGCGCUCGGCGUCCAAUGGUGACAUGGGCGGCGCGCGAGGCUACUUUAUGCGCGGGUGCCGCUUCUGCACGAGCGAGGGCACGCUGUGGAUCGAGUACGCGCGGUGCGAGAUGGAGUGGCUGGCCAAGAUGCAGGCCAAGAAGGGCAGCAGUAAGAAGAAGGCGGAGCAGGAGAACCCGCUGGCCGGCGAGAAGAUGGACGACGAUGACGAGAUCAAGCUCAUUGACGAGGACGAUGAGGAAGACGAGGACGAGGAUGUUCUGAGCCUCCCCGUGCCCGGCAAGGAGAAGAAGGCCAUUAACGAGGAGGAGAGCAAGGCGCUCAAGCACAACCCGGCCCUGGACGGCGCCAUACCGAUGGCCAUUUUCGACAUUUCGAGAAAACAGCCCUUUUACAACCCCGAGGUGGCCGAGCGCUUCUUUGACAUGUUUGCCUCCUUUGCAAAGGUCUCGUCCGCGUCCAAGAUUCUCCAGCACGUUGUCGACGUCAUGCGAGAGCAGGACGCCACGCACCCGGCGACGUGGAACUGCUACAUCCGCCUGCCCCUCGUCGGCGUCAGCCCCGAUACGCCCGAGUUCCCUCUUGGCCUCCGCGAGGUUCUGUCGCGUCUGGGCAAGGGAUUGGACGAGACGUCCGACAAGGCUGCGCUGGAGAGCAAGUCGCUGGUGUGGAUCGAGCUGGUGCUCCUCUUCAAGGGUCUCGACGAGGGUAUCAAGACCGUUUUGGAGCACAUGAGGGAUCAGUUGCAGUCAUAG